UGGGAGAGGAAAGGUCAAAACGUCUCUGAUUUCUACCAGGAGCUCCUUUUGUUUUUAUUAAAACUCCAGACAUCCCUCUCCUCCUCUGGACAUCGACAUCCUCUUUGUAAAGCCAAUUGAGGACCACGCGACCAUGUCCAAACCCCAGGGUACUAGCAGCUCUGAGAGUGAGUUUGAGUUCAUCGACACUCCCAAAGUUCAAGCUCCAAGUUUUGAGAAAUGGGAAGAGUGUGGUGUAAAAACCACGUCGGUAUGUGCAAUCCACUCUGCUUGGUGACACUUGUUAUGUGUCUCUCUGCAAUUCCUUCCCCAGUUCUGCUGCCUGCGAGGUCAUUGCAAUCCAUUGGAACCUAGCUAACUGUCUAUAGUACCCAGCUAUCAAAAAUGCUCCUCUACCAGCAGAUGGCUCAGGAAACGACCACUUCUCAAAUAUUGCCCUCAUUGGUCUCAUCGUCGUUGUGCCAACAUACAUGUCAUGGAAGGUUGGAGGUGGCCUCAAGACUAGCAUCUUCUUUGGUCUCUUCACCACAGUUCCAAUCUUGAUAUCUUUCUGGUAUCUCGCUUCGUCCUUUAGUCCUCGAAAGAACGAGAAGGUUUCUCUUCCAGGUCGCCCAAUUGAAUACUAUCUCACCUUCAAAAAUGCGGCGGACAAGGCCAAAUACCACGGAAAGACCAAGAUUCCUAUGGAGACUUUCUACGAGUUAUACUUCGAUGGAGGCGUCGACUUCAAUGGCGAUGCUCUUGAGGUUAUGGAAUACAGACAUGAUUGGGCAAACUUCCAAUUUACCGUUGGCUUGUUCAAACACGUCUUCUUUACUUUCGCCCCUGAAGUUAUCAUGCACACACGCUCCCAAGGUACGGACUUCUACUAAGAAUUGUGGAGAUUGUGCUAAUCAAAAUGUAGAUGAGGAACAAGUACGUGACCACUACGACCGUGGUGAUGAUUUCUACGGCUGGUUCCUGGGUCCACGUAUGGUUUACACCUCUGGUAUCAUCUCCGACCCUACUCAAGAAGAAACUCUCGAACAACUUCAAGACAACAAACUCGCCGUUAUCUGUGAGAAGAUCGAACUCAAGGAGGGCGAACGCUUGUUGGAUAUUGGAUGCGGAUGGGGAACUCUUACCAAGUUUGCCAGUGCCAACUACGGCGCAAAGGCUACCGGUAUUACUCUUGGUCGUAACCAAACUGCUUGGGGUAACGCUGGUCUCCGAAAGGUUGGCAUUCCUGAAGAGCAAAGCAAAAUUCUCUGCAUGGACUACCGUGAUAUCCCAGUCCCAGAAGGAAAGUACAACAAGAUCACUUGCGUCGAAAUGGCUGAGCACGUUGGUAUUCGACACUUCCAAACCUUUUUGAGACAAUGUAACGACAUGAUGGCCGAUGACGGACUUUUCUUCCUCCAAGUCGCAGGAUUGAGAAAAUACUGGCAAUAUGAGGAUCUCACCUGGGGUCUUUUCAUGAACAAACACGUUUUCCCUGGUGCUGAUGCAUCUGUCCCCUUGAACAACUACAUUGCUGGGUGCGAGAGUGCUGGAUUCGAGGUCAAGCACAUUGAUACCAUUGGUGUCCACUACUCGGCAACCCUCUGGAGAUGGUACAGAAAUUGGAUUGGAAACGGUGACAAGGUCAAGGCCAAGUAUGGAGACAGAUGGUUCAGAGUAAGUUUUCGUGAUAUGAUUCUGUAAAACACCCCAUACUAACUUUUAUAGAUCUGGACUUUCUUCCUCGCCUACUCUACCAUUGUCUCCCGUCAAGGAUCCGCAACUUGCUACCAAAUUACGUUAGUCAAGAACAUCAACUCUAACCACCGUAUUGAGGGUAUUGGAAGUCAGUUCGGAAUCCAGGCCGCUCUCGCUGCCAGCAAGAAUGCUGCUAAGGCACUGUUCCCUAAGAACGUCAACUGAAGUGACCCCAAGAGAAUUCUUGGGUUAAUUCAUUCGCCUGCCAAUUAGUUGGGAUGUUCAUUUGCUUGUUAGGUUGAUUGUCAUUAUACCCAGUUAAAGCAGUGACAUCAUGCCACGAACGCAAGGAGAGGUGUCAGUUGGAAUUUACGAUAACAAGCUCAAAUAGCUGUUAUGUACCUGUUGUUACAGAUCAUGGAAUCUGCGUAAUGAAAUAAAGAAGAGCUGCCUGUGGAAACUAGAUCCACUCCUAAGGUGGUGUAAUAAUGGAAGAUUUAACCUGACAAGA